AUGAUUGGUGAUAUAGAAGGUUUUUUAGGAAAAGAAAAUAUUGAAAAAAUUGAGGAAAGACCCGACUUAAAACCAGUUCGUAAAAUUGAUGGUUUAAGUUUGGGAAAUUAUGUUCUUAUCAACUUUACCGCAGAGACAAAAAUGAUUCCAGAACUAGAAAAAAAUGUAAAAGAAAUAGAAGAAAAAAAAAUAUCGAGGACUUAUCUUAAAUUAGAAGUUCCUAAUCCAAGCAUCAUCAAUGCUACAAUUAUUUUAAGUUGUACUGUCAAAAAAGAAAUCGUUGAAAGAGUACAAAAUGAACUUCAAAAGGACGAUAUAGUCGAAAUUUAUGGUUAUUUGCGCAACGAAAAAAAGAAAAAAAAUAACUUUCCUAUAUCCGACAAACUUGAAUUUAGCGAAAAUGAAAAUCGAGAAAUAGUAGUGCAAGUAACUGAGUUCAAUAAAUUAGAAAUCAAGUUUGAAGAAAUCAAUAGGGAAAAUUCUAAUCAAGUGCGGCUAAUUGGAAAAAUAAUUACUGACUUUGAAGAAGGGGGAGAAGUUGGGACUUUAAACUAUCACAUUAGAUUUAAAAUCGAGGUUCCGCGAGAAGGAAAUCCCUCUCCUUUGUUCUUUUGUCGGGUUCAUGGAGAAGCGAUAACCUACUUUAAAAAUGAAUUAAAGAAAGGCGAUAUUAUUCUUCUUGAAGGAUUUUUACAAUCCAAAAAAAUAAUUUUCACUCCUUUAAAAGAGUUUGCUCGGAUUUUUAAAAAUACUACUAUAGAAAUUGAUUUUUCCAAGCCUAAGGAUAAAAGUUCGAUCAAUGCUUCAGCCAAAGGAGUUGAAUACAUUGAUUAUAAAGACAAAGAUAAUUUGAUUAAAUUCAUUAACCGACAAGGACGAAUUGUUCAUCACACUCAUACUCAACUAGCCGCUAAAGUCCAAAGGCAAAUCGCCAAAAGUAUUAAAAGAGCCCGUCAAAUGGCACUUUUGCCUUAUAUGAUAAUCGAACAAAACGAAGAAGAAAUAAAAAAAUAA